AUGUCGACAAUAAACUCAAAACAGAGUAUCACUCGCUCAACAUGGAAUACAAAAGAUCUGGGAAAGCGACUCGGCGUCGACUUCGCCAGCGCAGCAACUGCCGGCGCGUUAACAUGUCCAUUAAUCACAAUCAUUGACCGCGCAAUCAUGGAAAAAGCCUCUAAAGGCUUCCCAAUCCAACAAACAAUAACAUCCUGUCUCCGAUCAAUGGUCGCCCAACCAAGAGCUUUCUUCUUCAGCACUCCAUUCCUCCUAAUAUACACCCUCUACGGCUCCACCUACCUCACCGCAAACGCAAUCGAUACCGUUACCUCCACGAUGCGCAACCAUAGCUACGACAGCGUAGACACCGGCUUCGCGAAAUUCAUCACCACAACAACCGUCAACAUGGCAAUCUGCGUCUACAAAGAUGCCCGCUUCGCCAAAAUGUUCGGCGCCAACGAAUCACCAACACGUUGUCACCCAACCCCCUCGCCAUCCGCUCCCAAAAUCCCCAAAACCUCUUACUCCCUCUUCUGCCUCCGAGACAGCAUCACAAUCUUCGCCUCGUUCAAUGUCCCCGCCCAAAUUGCACCCUUAAUCCCCGAUUUUAUGGCUUCAACGCCUGGCAUGAAAGCCUCGCUAGCCCAGUUCUCCUGUCCGGCUCUCAUGCAGUUCGUCAGUACACCUAUGCACCUGCUCGGGUUGGAUCUGUAUAACCGGCAGCCAGCGGGUGGGCUACCGUGGACCGAUCGUGUUUGUCGGAUUCGUCGCGAUUAUGUCGCUAGUUGCUUUGCGAGAAUGGGCAAGAUUGUUCCCGCUUAUGGUAUUGGGGGAACUGUUAAUGUGAGGAUGAGGAGUUAUUUGAUGAAUCUGAUUCAAGGUUGA